ACCUCCGUGACAAGCAGUACUGCAACAGAAACGAGCAGCUCCACACGAAGCACCGUUACCAGCACGGGCACGACGCUCUCCAGCACAGCAAGCACUUUGUCACUCACUUUCUCAAGCGUCUCGGCGACGAGUACGACCAUCACAGCAACGAGCACCACGGGAAGCACUGCCACCAGCACUGCCACAACGACUUCAAGCACCACGCGCUCCUCAGACACCAGUACGAGGACAACGAGCUCGAGAACCUCAUCGUCUAGCGUCUCCAGCAUCACCAUUACAAGCAUCACAUCGCUUACCAGCUCCACUACCUCCGUGACAAGCAGUACUGCAACAGAAACGAGCAGCUCUACACGAAGCACCGUUACCAGCACGGGCACGACGCUCUCCAGCACAGCAAGCACUUUGUCACUCACUUUCUCAAGCGUCUCGGCGACGAGUACGACCAUCACAGCAACGAGCACCACGGGAAGCACUGCCACCAGCACUGCCACAACGACUUCAAGCACCACGCGCUCCUCAGACACCAGUACGAGGACAACGAGCUCGAGAACCUCAUCGUCUAGCGUCUCCAGCAUCACCAUUACGAGCAUCACAUCGCUUACCAGCUCCACUACCUCCGUGACAAGCAGUACUGCGACGGAAACGAGCAGCUCCACACGAAGCACCGUUACCAGCACGGGCACGACGCUCUCCAGCACAGCAAGCACUUUGUCACUCACUUUCUCAAGCGUCUCGGCGACGAGUACGACCAUCACAGCAACGAGCACCACUGGAAGCACUGCUACGAGUACUGCCACAACAACUUCAAGCACCACGCGCACCUCAGACACCAGUACGAGGACAACGAGCUCGAGCACCUCAUCGUCUAGCGUCUCCAGCAGCACCAUUACGAGCAUCACAUCGCUUACCAGCUCCACUACCUCCGUGACAAGCAGUACUGCAACAGAAACGAGCAGCUCUACACGAAGCACCGUUACCAGCACGGGCACGACGCUCUCCAGCACAGCAAGCACUUUGUCACUCACUUUCUCAAGCGUCUCGGCGACGAGUACGACCAUCACAGCAACGAGCACCACGGGAAGCACUGCCACCAGCACUGCCACAACGACUUCAAGCACCACGCGCUCCUCAGACACCAGUACGAGGACAACGAGCUCGAGAACCUCAUCGUCUAGCGUCUCCAGCAUCACCAUUACGAGCAUCACAUCGCUUACCAGCUCCACUACCUCCGUGACAAGCAGUACUGCGACGGAAACGAGCAGCUCCACACGAAGCACCGUUACCAGCACGGGCACGACGCUCUCCAGCACAGCAAGCACUUUGUCACUCACUUUCUCAAGCGUCUCGGCGACGAGUACUACCAUCACAGCAACGAGCACCACGGGAAGCACUGCCACCAGCACUGCCACAACAACUUCAAGCACCACGCGCUCCUCAGACACCAGUACGAGGACAACGAGCUCGAGCACCUCAUCGUCUAGCGUCUCCAGCAGCACCAUUACGAGCAUCACAUCACUUACCAGCUCCACUACCUCCGCGACAAGCAGUACUGCGACGGAAACGAGCAGCUCCACACGAAGCACCGUUACCAACACGGGCACGACGCUCUCCAGCACAGCAAGCACUUUGUCACUCACUUUCUCAAGCGUGUCGGCGACGAGUACGACCAUCACAGCAACGAGCACCACCGGAAGCACUGCUACGAGUACUGCCACAACAACUUCAAGCACCACGCGCUCCUCAGACACCAGUACGAGGACAACGAGCUCGAGCACCUCAUCGUCUAGCGUCUCCAGCAUCACCAUUACGAGCAUCACGUCGCUUACCAGCUUCACUACCUCCGUGACAAGCAGUACUGCAACGGAAACAAGCAGCUCCACACGAAGCACCGUUACCAGCACGGGCACCACGCUCUCCAGCACGGCAACGACGGUGUCCCCCACCUCUUCCACAACUGUGACGACAACGAGUACCAUCACGGCUACUUCUGAAUCUAGCACAACACAAACAUCAAGCACUAUAAGUAGUGUUUCAACCACGACGUCCGGUACCACAGCAACGAGCAGCACCACGGGAAGCUCUGCUACCAGCACUGCCACAACAACUUCGAGCACCACGCGCUCCUCAGACACCAGUACGAGGACAACGAGCUCGAGCACCUCAUCGUCUAGCGUCUCCAGCAUCACCAUUACCAGCACCACAUCGCUUACCAGCUCCACUACCUCCGUGGCAAGCAGUACUGCAACGGAAACGAGCAGCUCUACACGAAGCACCGUUACCAGCACGGGCACGACGCUCUCCAGCACAGCAAGCACUUUGUCACUCACUGUCUCAAGCGUCUCGGCGACGAGUACGACCAUCACAGCGACCAGCACCACGGGAAGCUCUGCUACCAGCACUGCCACAACAACUUCAAGCACCACGCGCUCCUCAGACACCAGUACGAGGACAACGAGCUCGAGCACCUCAUCGUCUAGCGUCUCGAGCAUCACCAUUACCAGCACCACAUCGCUUACCAGCUCCACUACCACGGUGACAAGCAGUACUGCAACGGAAACGAGCAGCUCUACACGAAGCACCGUUACCAGCACGGGCACCACGCUCUCCAGCACGGCAAGCACACGGUCACUCACUGUCUCAAGCGUCUCGGCGACGAGUACGACCAUCACAGCAACGAGCACCACGGGAAGCACUGCUAGCAGCACUGCCACAACAACUUCAAGCACCACGCGCUCCUCAGACACCAGUACGAGAUCAACGAGCUCGAGCACCUCAUCGUCUAGCGUCUCCAGCAUCACCAUUACGAGCAUCACAUCACUUACCAGCUCCACUACCUCCGCGACAAGCGGUACUGCAACGGAAACGAGCAGCUCUACACGAAGCACCGUUACCAGCACGGGCACGACGCUCUCCAGCACAGCAAGCACUUUGUCACUCACUUUCUCAAGCGUCUCGGCGACGAGUACGACCAUCACAGCAACGAGCACCACGGGAAGCACUGCUACCAGCACUGCCACAACGACUUCAAGCACCACGCGCUCCUCAGACACCAGUACGAGAUCAACGAGCUCGAGCACCUCAUCGUCUAGCGUCUCCAGCAUCACCAUUACCAGCACCACAUCGCUUACCAGCUCCACUACCACGGUGACAAGCAGUACUGCAACGGAAACGAGCAGCUCUACACGAAGCACCGUUACCAGCACGGGCACGACGCUCUCCAGCACAGCAAGCACUUUGUCACUCACUGUCUCAAGCGUCUCGGCGACGAGUACGACCAUCACAGCGACGAGCACAACUGGAAGCACUGCUACAAGUACUGCCACAACAACUUCAAGCACCACGCGCUCCUCAGACACCAGUACGAGGACAACGAGCUCGAGCACCUCAUCGUCUAGCGUCUCCAGCAUCACCAUUACAAGCAUCACAUCGCUUACCAGCUCCACUACCACGGUGACAAGCAGUACUGCAACGGAAACAAGCAGCUCUACACGAAGCACCGUUACCAGCACGGGCACCACGCUCUCCAGCACGGCAACGACGGUGUCUCCCACCUCGUCCACAACUACGACGACAGCGAGUACCAUCACGGCUACUUCUGAAUCUAGCACAACACAAACAUCAAGCACUAUAAGUAGUGUUUCAACCACGACGUCCGGUACCACAGCAACGAGCAGCACCACGGGAAGCUCUGCUACCAGCACUGCCACAACAACUUCAAGCACCACGCGCUCCUCAGACACCAGUACGAGGACAACGAGCUUGAGCACCUCAUCGUCUAGCGUCUCGAGCAUCACCAUUACCAGCACCACAUCGCUUACCAGCUCCACUACCUCCGUGGCAAGCAGUACUGCAACGGAAACGAGCAGCUCUACACGAAGCACCGUUACCAGCACGGGCACCACGCUCUCCAGCACGGCAAGCACACGGUCACUCACUGUCUCAAGCGUCUCGGCGACGAGUACGACCAUCACAGCGACGAGCACCACGGGAAGCACUGCUACCAUCACUGCGAUAACGUCAAGCACCACGCGCUCCUCAGACACCAGUACGAGGACAACGAGCUCGAGCACCUCAUCGUCUAGCGUCUCCAGCAUCACCAUUACCAGCACCACAUCGCUUACCGCUGGCACCGGCACCGCCACGACACUGUCCAGCACGACAUCGGCCCCUACCGAAACAGUCCUGGUUUCUGCCGAGUACACAGCGGAGGAAACUCUUCCGUCGGGCGUAACUUCGUCUGACCUCAUGUCUUCCACUGUCUACAGGUCCGCCAAAACGACCGGCUUGUCUGCUGCUCUGUCUGUGCCUGCCUCCGACAUUCUGGUGACGGGCCUCACCGUGGCUGCUCGUCGGCUCUCUGCGGCCGGCCACCAGCUCUCGCGCACAGUCUCUGUGACGACCCGCUUCACUGUUCAGGUCGCCGACGAGAGAGCUGCCGAGGAUUUGUCCAUCACGGUUGGUGGAGUUGCAGACGCUAUCAAAGCCGAGACUGACAGUGCUAUGGCGGCUGCUGACUGGAGCAGUGAAUUGGUGAUCACCGUUGCUCCUGUGAUGACGACUCCCGACGUGGCCAUCCCAAUUGUGAGUACGACGGGGAUGAUCAUUGUGACGAGUACUGGGCUGACUGAGUCUUCCCCGCACUGCAGUUGGACAAUCGAGUGCACUUGGGACUCAGCCACACAAGCGGAGUGCGCGAUGGCGCUUUGCCAGGGGCAGGGUUACACGGCAGGCGUAUUUGUCAGCGCUUCGAACGACCCCUGCUCCGCCAGUUUCACAUCCAGCCCAUUCUGGUACCAUAACUUGCACAACUUCUCGGUUGAGUACAUGUCCUCCAGCAGACCUUGGGGUGUUGCGCAGAUUACAGCGGGUUGCUCCCAGAAGGCCAGCGCGGAGGCUCCGACGCCAGCACCGCCGACGCCAGCACCGCCGCCGAUGCCAGCACCGCCGCCGACGCCAGCACCGCGGGCCGCUGUGUCCGCCGCCGCGAGCGCGGCCAUCGCCUGCGCAGUCGCGGUGGUCUGCGGGUGCGCCGUCGGCCACUGCGCGCGGGCCCGCCACAAGGGGGCCGUGCACGAGCUGAUGGCUCGGGGGAUGCCACUUCCGGAGGCC